AUGGAGCUACCAUCUGCGCUUCUCGGGCUGUGCCGCGCCACCCCUUGUCAGACCGUCGACCUGAGCCCACUCGUCAGCACGCAGCACCGCCCGCCCACAAGCGCGAGCCGACGCCCGUCUCAUCAGCUACUAAGCGCGCCGCCCGCUGCGUUACCAGGAGCGUUGUCCGUCGCCAUCCCCUCUCCCGUGAGGAGCAAAGACAAAACCUGCCGUCUCUCGGACCUUUCUGGCCGUGGUGAAUGCGAGCAGUACGCCGCGCGUCGUGUAACCACCUGCAACCUGCAUCGUGAGCUUUUGUUGGCCCUGUUCUGCUUCACGCCACGCCCAAACAGCGGCGGCGCCUGGCGCCUCGGCGCUUAUCCACAAGCAUGGGCGCAGGGAUCGACAUCCUUCGCGCGUCAAGGCGGUCAAUGGCAGCUCGCUCCAGCCACACUCGAUUCGGUGCUGCCCCUGUUCCGGCACGGUCUGGCUCGCUUCCAGAAGUCCCACGACAGUGGCGAGCCUGCUGCAUUGUGA